CUGCCUCUCCUUCCCCCUGCUUGGCUCCCUGGGCUGCUCGCUAUACAGGUCCGAGGACUUAGCAUAGCGUUGGUUCCAGCGCGCGUGAUCGGCGACGCGAGGAUGUCGAUAAGGCCAGUGGCCGACUGCGUGAGGCAGGCCGCCCAGCGAGUAGCCAAGGGAGGAGCACGGCACCUCUCGAGCGCUGCUGCAUCUGCAUCGUCAACCCCUCAGCCCUCUCAUGCCAUUUCAAGUCCGCUGCCGGGGUUCUCCAUGCCCGCGAGGCCAUCCCAAGCGCCCGCUCCCCCUCCAGAUACCUCAUCUAGCAUCCCUCUGCCCAGUAUUCCCCCGUCAGCCGCAUUAUCCGCACCUUCCGUCACGUUAUCGAAGGAGAGGUUGGAUCAGCUGCUGGACUCGGAGAUCACCCACUUCGCCUUCAAGAAGCAGGUAUCGGUGUCGCUGCGGGACAUCCUCGCCCUCAACACUCCGAGGGAUACCGCGCGCUUCAUCCACGAGGAGCUACCGGUGCGGUUUGCCGCGCGGCUGAAGCAGCUGGAGAGCCUGCAGGGCUAUCAGGACAUCCCGUUGUUGAUGAGGGUGAAGAGCACAUACAGCGAGAGCUUCAAGCAGCUGAGGAUGUCCAACUGGGAAGACGAGAGGGAAUUCACCAGGUGAGAGGAAAGGGAGCGACGGAGGGAGCUAUGGGGAGGAUGCUCAUGUAUAUGCGCCUGUUGUCCAUGCGUCAUUCAGGGUGAUUCAGUCGGUCAAGAAGCGUCACUCGCAUGUGGUGCCACAGCUCGUUAUGGGCAUACGGCAGCUCAGGAACAGAGACUCCACGUAGGCAGCCAGCCAGCCAGGAGUAACCACCCAACCAUCAGUCCACCCACCGUCAGCUGUGUUUGUGUACUGCGUGUGUCAGGCUGACUGCUCCCUACGUGGACACGUUCCUCAACACGUUCUUCCUCUCUCGCAUCGGCACCGAGAUGCUGUCGAGCCACUACAUUGCCGUCUGCAGGGGACACCGAGCCGGUAUGGUAUGCACGCUGCCUACCUGAACAUCCAACUCUCCCAAACUCCCACACUCGUCCAUCUGUGUGUCUAUGGUGCAAUUCAAUUGGCAGGCAUCAUCGACAAGUCGUGCGACCCGAUUCCCAUCAUAUGGAAGGCUGCGCAGGACGCCGAGAUGCUGUGCAGGUCCCACUAUGGCAUCUGCCCGAGUGUCCGCAUCUGGAACCAGGGCACGGCCAUACAAUUCACAUACAUAUCGCAGGUAGGUAGGUACCCACCCCACCCACACACGCACCGCACCGCACCCUCUGUCUUCGCGCACACGUCAUGACAUGUCAUGGUGUGUUGGGGGUGUCCCGUGUCAGUACCUCUAUUACAUCUUGUUUGAGCUCGCCAAAAAUUCCAUGCGUGCCGUUGUGGAGACCGCCCUCAACGCCCGGCGGCGGGAGCGUGUGCUGGCGUCCCUGAAGGGCGAGGACCGAAACAGCGACAAGGCCUCCCUCGACAUCGACUAUGACGACAGCCUGGGCAUGCCGCUCUCGGUGGCCUCUGGCGGUGGGCUGGAGGGGCAGGGCGGCUGGGGCGGAUCUCUCGACGAGAAGGAGAUGCACCUGCCGCCGGUACAGGUCGUCGUCGCCGGAGAUAACGAACAGGUGCGCCCCCAGGCUACACAAACCCAGGGCAGAGUACCUACCACACGUGUACCGUUUCGUUUUGUUGUGUGUGUCCCACCCACACACCAGGUAGCGAUCAAGAUCUCUGACGAGGGUGGAGGUAUCGACCCAGCGGCGCAGGAGAAGAUCUGGUCGUAUCUCUACAGUACGGCCACCCUCAACCCCAGCGACCCAUGGGCGGCACUCACCGCAGGCCUCGAGGAGCCACCACCACCACGCACUCCGCCCAACGAACAAGGCAAUGGCGGCGAGGGCAAGAUGACUGCUGCGGAACGGCUCAGAGAGAGCCAGGCGGCCGCGUCUGAGCCAAAAGCCAUUACGUAAGACAACAAGAACCAACACGCAGAUCGACCCAUAUCUGCUUGUGUCUGACAUCAUCCAUCAGUAGUGGCGCCCUCCCCUUCACCCCGGCGCCAUCAGGAGCUACAGCGGGUCCUGCCGGCGGGUCGCGGCCGCCAUCACCGCUGGCUGGAUUUGGCUGCGGUCUCCCUCUCUCGAGGCUCUACGCGCAGUACCUCGGGGGCUCCUUAAAUGUGGUGUCGAUGCCCAAGUGGGGGACGGAUGCUUUCCUAUUCCUCCAUAGGAUCGGAGAAGUGCAGGUACGCAUACAGGGACGUGCGCCUGUCCAUCCAUCCAUUCAUCCAUGUAUUCUCCUGCCUGCCUGCUUCGUUUUACAGGAGUCGAUUCCUCCAACGUGGACUGCCCCCCAACACCUCAUCCCGUCAACCUCAGCACAAGUCUUCCGCACCAGCACACAGGAGCCUCAACCGCGCCCUCAGGAAGCCACACCCUCAUCGCCUCCGCCACAGUCGCCAGCUGCCGCCCCCGCCCCCUCCCCCUCCCCUCCCCCAUCUGCAAGCGGCCAGCAGGACAGCAGCAAAGACGCCACCAAGGCCAACGGCCACCCCCACCCCGAGCUGGUGCAGCAGGCGACGGCCUUCACGCUUAAUGGCGAGGUUCCCCCCACCACCGGAGAGGAGGAGGGCGGAGACGGGCUGCCGGUGGAGCAGCUGGAGGGGGUCGACUUGGACGUGCAGGUGGAGGAUGGCGGCAAGUCUGUCAGGUGCACGGUGAGGGGGCCCGACAAAAGGGGCGUGGUGGCGACAUUGACCCAAGUCUUUGCCAAUGAGGGCUUCUCGAUAUCGGACGCGAGCAUUCGGACGGUUGAGGGCAAGAUCUGCGACACAUUCAAGCUGACGCCGCUGCCCAUCCCGGUGCGGGGAGGCAAGGGGGACGCCACGAGCCUGACGCGGCGCCUGAGGGAGCUGGUGGGCAGGAGGCAAUCAUGACGGAGGGGCAGGAGGGAGGUGGCAUUUUUCGUCUGUUGGUAUGGCCACAUCUCUCUGGCCGCCUGGGGUCUGUGGUUUGGCACUGCGGUGGGUUGUGGUGUCCACACCUGUGCGUGACACAUUUGGGCAAUGACGGCGAGAUCUUUUUCGUGUGUGGGGCUCGUCGAUGUGUGCGGGCGGGCCUUCAGGACGAAUGGAUCGUCUGGGUGCUGUGCUGUGCUGUGCUGUGUUGUCUUGUCCUGUCUUGUGCUGUGUUUGGGUUUGUGUAUCAUAAUGAAUGUUGAACAAGGGACGCUGGUGUGCAUCACAUCACACAGGCAGGGGCAGGGGAUUCAUGUGUUGGUCGGUCAUCGUGUUGCUGCGGGAUAGGAUAGCCUCACUCAGCCUGUAGAUAUGUUUGAAAGGACGAGAGGUGCUGCUCGCUUCGCUUGUCCACUACGGAUGGAUUGGCAUCUCCUGGUGUGCUGAUUGGCGUUCGUGCGUGGCG